CUUCUAGUGAGCUAUGGAUGAAAGCAAAGAUGUACCAAAAGAUUUUAUCAAGCUCAAGUCUGAAAAGCUCUCUGUGGAUGAAGUGUCAGAGCUGGUCAUUUCGCCAUACUGCGGAGCAGUGUCUCUGUUCAUUGGUACUACAAGAAAUAAUUUUGAAGGGAAAAAAGUUGUUCACUUAGAGUAUGAAGCAUACACUUCAAUGGCAGAGACUGAAAUAAAGAAAAUCUGCAGAGAUGUUAGACAGAAGUGGCCAUCAGUCAAACACAUUGCAGUGCACCAUAGACUUGGCUUGGUUCCAAUAACUGAAGCAAGUGUAAUUAUUGCGGUCUCCUCUCCACAUAGAGCAGAAUCCCUUGAAGCUACGAGGUACUGCAUCAACACCUUAAAAGCAUCCGUCCCAAUAUGGAAAAAGGAGAUUUAUGAGGACGAAUAUUCUUGGAAAGAAAACAAGGAAUGCUUUUGGGCAAAUUCAGAAAAAUAACUAUACUCUUUUAAAAAUAAAGUAUUACUGUUCCUAAUGAGCAUGCUGGUUUAGCUUUGAGUUGCUUUUAUGGAGAAUCUAUAUGUUUUUAGGCAGUAGUAAUAGACAUUUCAAUAUGAACAGUUUAAUUAGGACUGAAUGAAAUGAAUGAGUAAUAAUUAGGGUUUUUAAGUGGUCUUGAUUUUCCUUUGAAAUAUCUCUUUGUAUUUUUUUCAUCUAGAGUAAUUUAAAAAAAAAAAAUCUUCCCUAAAAUUGUUGGUUGCAAGAGUUUGGUUACUCUAUGUUAUAAGGGCUUACUGCCUUUAUAUUGGUAAUCUGUGCUCACUGUCUGCUUGGGAGGUCAUAACAGGACAAAUGUUUUGUUUGUUUGUUUGUGUUUACCUUAAAAAAAAUCCUGAGUUUAAUUUUAUAUGAAUGCAGAGUCAGUCUGCAAGCUUUACACUAAUGUGACAUAGUUGUGAUAUGAAAGUUUCUUGAAGUAGAUUAAACAUUUUGGUACAGACAGAGGAGAAAAUAUAAACUAUACCCCAGAGUUAUUAAUUUUUCAGUCGUGGUUACUUUCUGGUAGCUGUGCCUCAUAGAAAUAUUUUUACCAUGCAGCUGAUAAUACAAGUCCAUCACAUUAAAAAAAUAUGGACAAACCUUGAUUCAAAGUUAGAUCUAAUACUGUACCAGCAACAAACUUGCAUUAGCAUUAACACGCAAACCCUUAACUACAUCUUAAUGAUGUCUAGACAUUAUUUAUUUUGAAGGAGCUUUUGUGGCUGUGUAAUUCUAUAGUGCUGCAGAAAAAAGCCAGCUUCUUUUACAAAGAGGCAACUCUAAUCGGCUUUAGUAGUUUGACUUUAGGUGGGUUAGGAUUCAAAGUCCUCAAAACAUAUUGGUUGUUCAAUGGACAGGGAAUUCUAGUAUACUUUUUACAGUUUGUAUUUAUAUUCACAUUUAAACUUUUAGUACGGUUUUGUUACUGUUAUGAAACCUACCUAAAGAGGAAAAAGACUGACACGGUAUGCAUGGGCUUCCACUGAAAACUAUCGGCUGCUCACCAAAGAAAGAUCUUUUCUUCAUAUUAUCAUUCUGUGCCAUGAUAGUGUUUGGAUGCUCAAAGUCCCAUUGUGUAUGGCAUUUUUACUAAUGCUGAGGUAGUUUACUAAUACUAAGGCAGUUUCUCUCUAACUAUUAUCAAUGUAGACAAGGAUGGCAAAUGAAAGAGGUAAGGAGAAAUAAAAUGAUUUGCUCAAGCUCAUAUGUUGUUACAUCACACAACACUUGGGCCUCAGCUGUGUAAUGCAAUUCAUUGUGUCUGCAGUGAAAAUCUGCAAACAGCUUUUUGCUGCACAAAAUAAAACCUGAAAAAUAGGCAAUGAUAUCUCCCCUCGCUGAUAAUUUCUAUCAGUUUUAAUACUUAGUGAUGCUUGUUUUAUCUGGAUUAAUUAAACCUUAGUAUAAUAUAAAACUUCAGGCAGGAUCAUGGUUAAACUGUGCUUAUUAUCUUGCGUACUUUCCCUCAGUGGAAGUGAGAGAGAGCUCCUCUGCAGGACAGCAGCUGCUCCUUGCGUGCAUGCACAUAUGCAGCCUCCAAACCAUGUGGGCCUUAUUAUCUAGGCAGAGCUGAGCAAGUUCAAGGUUGAAUUUCCUUUACUUUGGGUGUUGGAGAGAAGCCCUCUGCUAUUUGAAUGUCAUUUUUUCUGGGAAUUGUACGGAACCCUGACUACAGAUCACUUCCUCAGACCAGUAAUUUUUCUUUUUGUUAAAGUAACUAAUACAGACUGUUUCCUGUUUUUUGCAUUCAUUUCUCCACAUUAACUUAUUUGCUGUUACCAGGCAACUAAUGAGUGUGUUAAUUUCAAACAAAUAUAUGGCUAAUUUGCCUUGUGGUGGAUGGUUUAUGAAUGAAGUAAAACCUGUACAGUGCUUGUAAGCUAGUGCUGUGCUUAAUACAGAAAAACAGUGGUAUCUGGAGCAGUUAAAUCAGCUUGAGGCUCUAGAUUCAGAGGCAAUUCCUGUGUUUCACUAAUGCUUCUCUAGUGCUGCAGUCUUGUAGAAGACUUAUCCAGCAUGACCUUAAGUGCACCUUCCCCAUCGGCAAUGCAGCUGGGAAGGAGGGUGCAGAAAAGAAGAGAAAGAAUAAUAGUGUACUUCCCCACAGUGACUAGAAACAAUGAAUGGAAGAGAUGUUGUACUGAGUCACAACUGAAUGUUACAAUGUGUGUACACUGCCAUGGUCAAAACAAUGAAAUGUCAUUUUGUGUCCCUAGCUGUGCAUGAGGCAAGUACUGCUUUGUUCUGGAACAAUGAUGUAUCAGGAUUGUGUAACUUUGGGUUCUUCAGCUGGCAUCUAAAAGAGAAAUGGAAAAGACCCCUAGGAGGGAUGAUGAGUAUAAUUAGAGGUAAAAUGUAUCUCACUGAAAUUUAAGUACCUACUCCGAGCUAGUUGUUCAGGCCCCUUCUAUAGGGCUCCCUGCUCUGCUAGGCAGAUACUAUCUUAAGAAGGCAAAUUAUUCUGUCCUAUGAUAGCUGCCUAAGACUAUGUCUGGAACGAUGCAGAAGUGCUUCCAAAUUUCCAGGCCGAGGGAUGAUCUGCUUCUGACGGUGUGUCAGGGAGGGAUGUGGUUGCGCGUAUCCUGGUUUUCACACACACAAAACCAGGCUGCUGGUCAAAAAAUGCCUUGUGUUCUGACAAGAUCUGUAAGAUAAUGGGCAGCUGAAGAUCAAUAUAAAACGCAGGCCUAGAUUUGUGGGAUGCGUCUAAUUGUUUCUCUCUUUUGGCUAUAGAAGGGCAAAUCCCACCUGUAUGUGGCUCUUCCUUCCAGCUGUGUGACAGCAUGCUGCAGAGCCAGCGGCUCCGGGUGGAGACAGAAGUCACUGGGAACAGCCACUGUAGACCAGAGCAUAGGUGUAUGACUCCUGUAGAUAUAUGCAAGCCAAGGUAUAUGGCGGGGAGGGAAGCAGAAGUCUGCAAAGCUAGAAUUUGUCCUUCUGAGAAAAUGACUUGGUCUUGGGCUGGCAAUCUUUGAAUAUAGACUGUUGCUUUGCCUGGCCGAAUGUCCACACAUGACCAUUGCAUAAGUUUGAGUUUCCUGCCUCAUAAUAUUUCAUUUUGUUUUGCUCUCAAGAGGGGUCCAGACUGAUGCAUGCUAUGAAAGCAUUUACUGAUGGAAGAUUGUCCCGAACUAAACUGGGGGGCUGUGUUAUAAGGAGCCUACCCAGGAGAUGGCAGCAGAGAGACAGCUGUGCUGGGCAGGGAGCUCCUGGGGAGGCCGGAGCGCUGCACAGGUCUCCAGCUCACAGCCAGUCCAGCCCGUCUGCCCGGAUUUGGGGUAUGCUGGGAGAUACAGGUGCUCACUUCUACUGUAACUCAUGAAACUGCCACUGUUGCACUCAGUAAUGAAGCCGUUAAAUUACUCAAUUCUAAAUUAGUCUACUUUUGGCUUUUCUUUCAGCUCAUGUUUCCUAUAGCUGUUCAGGGAAUUUAUAGCUUCACAGAAAUAUUUCUGUAAUGUACUCAUCUGUUUUGUCAUAUAAGGAAGAGGAAAUAGUACAACUAAUUAUAAACAAAGUGUAAUGAAAGCAGAUGCUAUACCCUCAAAAAACCAAACCCCUCUGAAAACUCAAUUUUAAGCUCUUCCAGUAAGGGUGUCCUGUGCAGUUACUUCAAGAAAGAGAGCGUUAAAAGAAGGCUGCUGACUUUAACUCAGCAGUGCUCCUUUGACUACCUUUGGCCUGUUCUUUUAAAGCAAAUCAACCAACCACACAAUUUAAUCCUGCAAAGUAUUACAAAAAUUAGCUUCCUGAUGUAUUUUUCUAACAGUUCUGUUUUGAAAGUUCAAUUAUUUCUGUUACUUUAAGAGGAAGAGGUGAAUCUAUUUAAAAAAACUGCUAGCGCACCAAUGCCUGUGAUUACCUAUGAAAAAUUAAGAAUAUAAAUAGAUGAGGGCAGAAAGUUUGAUUUAAAAAAUAAGACCACUUUUGUGGAGUUGUGAAAAUUACAUACAUGCAGUUGCCUUUAAAGGCAAUAAAAAGUUGAGAUAAUUAACUAUGUAGAUUUUGUGAGAUACAUUUUACUACCUUAAUUUUUUUUUUUUUAGUCUUCAUAUGCAUGCUUUUGUUACUUUUUUUACAUCUAAAACUGGGGUGUAAUGCAGACAAGUCGCUAUAUAACGAAUCUGGUUCUCAAUUCCACAAAAGCUUUAAACUUGCUGAAAAACAGAACUGUAUUCCUUAAGAUUGGGGUCAUUUGAUUCUGUAUUAUGGAAGCGUUAAAGUUUGUAGCUGGAAAGUUUAUCUACCGCUAAUAAAGUAUGGAGGAAUUAAGAGGGGGGGGGAAAAAAAAAGUAAUCUCCAUGAAAGUGGCUAGUUUUCAGGUGGUAGCUACUGUCAUGACUGUCCACUAUCUUCCCAGUCACAACCAAAUUCCUCCCUCCCUUCCUUUCCCACCAGUCUCCCUCCGAAAUGCUGCGUUCUGCUUUUUCAUUGUACGGUGAAGAACAGCCAGAGUUGUUGUCAGGAGAUGCCACUACAGACUAUAUGAGUGGAGGGCAUAGGGCUGGCAGAAUAGAUGCAAGUGAGGUGAGAUAACCACAUGUGUAUAUGAAGGCCUAGGCCUGGUGUGGUUUUAUCAUCAAUAGAUGUGCAUUCAGAGCUAUCCGGAUAUAGGUAUUUUGCACUAAUGUGAACUGACUUAUACUACAAUAUAGCUUAUUAGUGGUGUUACAACCUGCAAGAGUUUAAAUGCAGCUUCUUUGUAAACCUAGCAGAGUCAUCCCUUUAGGGUUUUCCCUGUGUGCUAGUGGAACAAAGGUGUAUUUGGCUCCAUUUCAGGUAGCGCUUUUUCAGUAGCAUUUCUUCCCUUCAAAGUGCUAUUUAAAAAUAAAUGACUCCAUGUUCAACAGUAUUCUUGUUUUUAUUGUAGUAAUGCUGUUAGGCCCUCAGGUAGGCACUAAACAGAGUCCCUGCUCCCAUGGAGCUUACACACUAGCUUUCAGAAGUCUCUUGUACAUCCCAAAUCUACAUAGUCUCAUAGGAAACUAACUCUAAGUUAGGACUUGAUUCUAGUACUUCAAGAAGUCCGCAACUAGAUUCAAGAUCAGAAUCAGAUCUAUUUAUAACUUGAACUUGCUGAAGUUAUUCCUGACUUCUCUUGCUGCAAGCACAAACAAAAGCACAUGCUGAAGCCUGACAUUUCAGAAUAUUAUUUCAUCUGUAACAUGCUGUUUUAAAAAAAAGUAAAACUAAAAAAAAAACCCUUUGAGCAUAAUACAAAAUAUACAUCAUAUUUCCAGCAUUAUUUGCAGCUGUGCCAACUCAAAAGUGCAAUAAACUUGCCCAUUACAAAAACUGAAUUAGCCAUUUAAGUAUUAAUCAUAAAACACAAAUAAAACUACUAACCUUAAGUGGUUAGGUGAUGGAUACAAAACCUUACCCAGUGCUGUGCCUUCCCUUUGUUAAGGGAAUAGUAUCGUUUCCAGGCAAAGGCAAAAGUCUUGUCUGGGACAAAAUAAAACCCAGUGAAUCCAAGUGAAUUGAAUCACUGCUGCCUACUUGAUGAAUUGUUAAAUUCUGCAAAAAGUUGGGUGUGGGAUACAGACCUGUACCUUCUACUUAAGGCAGAAGAGGGAAAUCUGGCUGAACGCCUAAGUUUCCUUGUGAGCAGCACCAGAAAUGAAAGCUGCUACCAUCUGCUCCAUUGUGAAGUUCCCUCUCUGGCCUGGAGUGCAUGACCCUAGUUAUGUAGGAACUUCCCACACAUAUGGGUGUACGGUUUUGCUUUUUUCCUCCUCAAGUUUAUACAAGAAUUGAGGCAGACAAUUUUUUAACCUUUACUUUUAGAGUGUUUGCCCUCUGGGUUCGUAACCACAAAUCAGGAGCUUAUUCUUGAAAUUUACAGAAUUGCUACAUUUCUUUAUUUUUUAAAUAAUUGUUUUGGCCACAGACUCAGCUGGUGCCAACAACCUUGUUAGACAAUCAAGAUCAGAAUCCAGAUUGUUUUUCAGAAUGUUUAAAAAAAAAACCCCAAAAUUAAAACAAAAUAUUUCAUAGAUAUAAAUCCAAAACACACAUAAGAUGAUUACACUGAGCACAAGCCAGGUACCAUUGUAAAUGAAGCUGUUAUUUGCUAAAAAAAGGUGGUUGGCUCCUGACUGAUCACUCUUUACUGAUUAAAAAGACUAACUUUUAAGCAUGCUCAAGUCUCAUUUUUUGAAGAGCCCUUCAGAAAAUAAUUUUAAAGGUGCCUAGGCAUAAUGAAGAACUAGCUUGCGGGAAGACAAGGCCUGAGGUUCUAGUCAGUUAGGCACAUUUAAAUAUUUUACUCUUCAAGUGAAUCGCCUGGGAGUCGCAAACAAUCUUAACUGUAAGUCAUAAGUCAGCAUACAUAAAGACAACACACACAUCUUCUCUCACAACAGAUUAUUAUUGCCAGCCAUGAGAGUGGAAGGCAAACAAAAGGCCAAUUACCUUGACUGUUACCUGUCUUAAGAGCAGGGGCCUUCUUGAAACUGAGCCUGCAUUACGACAAAGGCAGUAUAAUAGCAUGUGAUGAAUUUGAGGUGUGUGUUAGUAAGCAAUACAAAGUCACCCAAGUGUUGUGCAGUUAACAGCGCUCUUUUCAGAGCAAUACAGUACUUUACUGUAUAAAAGGUAAGUAAGUAAGUUAACUUCUUCAAAACAUGGAGACAUGGGACCACAUAUAACAUAAGAGGUACGUAGGUCAUGCUGAGCUUUGUUCUCCUGCAGGGCACUGAGAUGCUAAAGGAAAAAGUGCUGUACCCAAUUUAUAGAGCUUAGAUCUUCACUCUCCUCUGGCCUAACAGCAGCUUACUUCUUCAGUCAUCAGCCCCUCUAACUCGAACUUCAUGCACUUCUGCUUGCAAAAUCUUCCAAUACAGAAUUAAAGGCAAGAGCUUGACCCUUUUCCCUAUUUAUGCCAAAAGCCAAUUUGAAGUCAGAGGGACUGCUAGUUCAAAGCCCAGUGUAACAGUAUUGGUAGGUCUUCUCAGGAUGAAAUUUGAAAACCAAUUAUAACAGUGCAGAGAACACGCUGUAAGUGAUUAUGAAAGACAGUAUGCAGAAGGCAAUUAUAUGUAUCAUUUGGCAAUAUUUUUCAAAAACAAUAUGCUUCAGUAAUUUAAUUGUGACCUUAGUGCAAGGAAUAUGGUGAUCUUUUGGAACAAUAUGCCCAUCCAGUCGUCCCGUAACACAUGGAUAGACAUCUUCAUACACAGUUCCCAUUUUAUAGUUUAUAGAUUAGUUAAGACAAAAGUUUGCUGGUGCAAAUCAUUUCUCUAAAACAAUAAGGCUGGAGCUAGUCAAUGAUAAAUUGAAAUUUCUUUUCCCAGGCUGGAAACAGUAUUCACUGCACAUUCAUCAUCAAGUUAAUAGAAAAUGUCCUUUACACAUAUGGUACUUGUCAACUCAAUUAUGAACUGAUGCUAUCCCACAAUACUGUGAAAUAAAUUGCUCUGUUUCACUCUGCAGUGGAUCAGGAGAAGGGCUGCUGGCACAAAAUGUUACUGUAAACUCCGGACCUGCCAGUUCUAAGGGCUAAGUUUGUUUGAAAGGCAAAAAUAUACAAGAAAAGGCACUCUAAAUCAUUUUUGGAAAAAAAAAAAAAA